AUGAGUACUAAGUGGGAUCCUCAAAACAACAAGACGUACCAAAUCCUCAAGGCUGCUGAAGAGGGAGGUUAUGGCGUUGUGGCACCAAUUGUUUACAACAUCGAACACAUCCUUGCUUUUGUCCAAGCAGCAGAGGCUAAACGCAGCCCUCUUAUCAUCCAAUUCUUCCCCUGGGCAAUCACAUUUUCCAAAGGCCUGCUCAUCCACGCUGCCGCUCAUGCCGCGCGCGAAGCUUCAGUUCCCAUCGCAAUCCAUCUCGAUCACGCUCAAGAUGCAGCCAUCAUCCGACAUGCAGCCGACAAUCUCCCCUUCGACAGCAUCAUGGUUGAUAUGAGCCACUACGAGAUGGACGAGAACUUGGCAAAAACAAAAGAACUUGUUUCUUAUUGUCAUGCGCGGGGAAUUGCGACAGAGGCUGAGCCAGGAAGAAUUGAGGGCGGAGAAGAUGGAAUUGCAGAUACGGCUGACUUGGAAGGGGCUUUAACAACUGAGGAGCAGGUUGAGGACUUUAUUGCGACAGGUAUUGACUUUCUCGCACCUGCAUUCGGAAACGUUCAUGGUGAAUAUGGCAAACGAGGGCCUGUUCUUGAGUUUGACCGACUCGAAAGGAUCCGCGCGAAAGUCAACGGACGCGUGCGCGUGGUUCUCCAUGGAACCAACGACUUCCCCGAAAGUAUAAUGCAAGCUUGUAUCAAAGGCGGCGUUUCCAAGAUCAAUGUCAACAAACUCGUUUUGGAUGACUAUCUCAUCCACGUGAAGGAGCAAGCAUCGAAGCUCAACUUGACAGCGCUUAUGGAAGAGGGUGUAGAAAAAGCCCAGAAGCUCACCGAGUGGCAGAUGGAUGUUUGUGGCUCUACAGGGAAAGCAGUAUAG